AUGACGCGCGCACUCCCCGCCGAGCUUCUCGCGCGGAUCGUCACAUACCUCUUGCCAUCGAUCGACGCAUGCGCCUCGACACUUCCGCACCCUUCGGGCUCUGAUCUCGAAUACGCUCCGCCGGUCCCAUCGAACACCAGCGCGGAUCUGCUAUCGGUAUGCCUGUCGUGCUCUUUGCUGCACGAGCUCGCGCAGGAUGCUCUGUACCGCGCGCCGCUCGUGCGCACGCUCAAAGCGCUCAAUCUCUUGGCGAGCACGAUCGCAGCCGAUGCCAAGCCACGCACAUCUCCAGGGCCCAGUCGCAGCGGUUCGGGCCAGCGGGCGACCAUGGUGCGUGCUAUCCAUCUGUCACCGGGUGACGGACUGCUGCAACCGGGUGAUACGCUCGCCGACCAGAACGGCUACAAGGACAGCCUGCGCAUCAUGUUCGACCACGCAUCCGAGCUCGACUUGAUUUGGCUCGAGCAUCGCCAAGCGGGCGCCGCAUUCCUCGAGCUGCUCCAUCCGCACACCGUCUGCCGUCCACGUCGACUCACGCUGUCCAAUCUGUCGUUUUCGGCGCCGCCAUUUUCGAGCAUCCAGUCGCUUGCGCCGCUCUCGAAGCUCACGCAUCUGCACCUGAUCAAGAUCGUGCCUCCCCCGGCGCUGAUCUCGUUUGUGGUGGGUGAAGCGAUCCAUGCGGAAGAGCAGGGCAAUGUGCCCGAGAGUAUAAGCAAAGGCCUCUCUCCGUGUGGAUCGCUCGAGUGCCUACGUCUUUCGCUGCUACCGCCCGAUGCGCUCGUCGAGUUCGAGGCGUAUGUGGCGUGGAGAAGGGCGUGGAAGGAGUACGAGCAGCUCGAUCCGCAUCAGCAGGCGCAACUGCCGGCGCCAAGAGCACCGCUAGGUCCGGCAAGACGCUUUGCGGUGCAAGAAGCCCUGUAUGAUCUGGCGGUGCGUGCCGCCCGUCUGCCUCGUCUGCGCCUGGUGCUGCUCGAACUGAGCCCGCUCGGAUCGCUCGCGCCUCCAUCAUCACUCUUUAGCACAGCACGACAAUCCAUUGUGUCACCUAAAGCAGUGCUGGAGGAUCGACGUGCGCAAGUAUCCGACCAACACACCUUCCGUGCCUCGAUGCGCACGAUGCAGCACCAGCAAGAAGCAAUGACGCGUGACGACGGAGGCUUGGGUCAAAGCGAAACAGCACCCAUGCCCACGAGGGAGGAGCUGCGGACGGAGGAGCGCGAUCGGUACUGGCGUCUCAUCGAAGCGGGCAAGCAUGCACUCGUGCGGUUAUGGGGCGAGAGCUGCGACGAGCUGCCGGAUCUCAGGGUUGUAUCCGCGCGACCCAACGGACACGACCGUCGCGAGGGCUUUUUGGAUUAUCACUGCCAGACUGCUGCUUCGGCGGGUGCCGAUGUGGGAUGUUGGGCCGACGCCGACGUGUUUGAGCUGGUCGAUCAGUCGCCCUUUCUCUCGUAUCGUGCCGACGACCUCAGUCGGGCGUGGUAUUGGACGGGCGAGCUGCCGCGCUCGACAACGAGUACUGCUGGCGAGACGAAGCUGAUCCCAUCACUAAUUCCAUUGUGA